AUCAUUGAGCUGCUUGCUAGCCGUAUCGUCGUCGUCUAAGGCGAAUACACAGCUGAAAGCCUACCAUCAAUAAAAACAGAAUAAAAAAAGAACUGUCUCGACCGACGCACCUUUAAUAAACACUAAUCCACUCACACCUACAUCUGUUGAGAUACAAUCGACUCUUCCUCCUACGCGACCGACACUCACACACACGCUAAUACGUUAUAACGCACAGUGUGAAAAAAAUAUAGUCAAAGUGUGUGGUUGCGUCCAACAACGCUCGAAGAGUCGCACCUCCUUCUGCUGACAUGACGUCAUGGGAGCGGUCCUCGUAAGAGACUCAGUAACCCGCGGAUUUGCGGGACUGGUUUGAUGUGCACAUGGUGAAUUUAACAGCUAUUUGCAAUUAAGCUCGCUUAACUACGCUGUUCCAUACUCGCUGCUCCGUUACAGCUAUCCUGCGAGUUACUUUACUGUUUUGACACUUGUUUUGAUUUUAUCUGAAUUUGUAAUGUUUGUUAUUGUUUCGUCUAGAUGCAAUGAGUUAUUAAUUGUUGACGCAAUCUUGCACCGUAAUUUUACAUUGUAAAAGAGUAUAGCCUGAUUGAAUAUUGAAACACUCGAGUUAUGUCACAAGUGACUGUACCGUCACCUGGAAUGGAACGCAGUAUUCAUGAAAUGUUAAAGGAUGCUCCAUCCCUCAAUGAAAGUGACAGUGCAGUGCACUCUGGAACACCGCCACCUCAUGUGCCCAAUAAUAGUAGACCUAAAGAAACUCCAUCAGCAACAAGACCAGCAACAAUGAAUUUGACUGUUAAUGCCUAUGGCUCUCAAUCAUUAACUACCACUCCCACUUCACCAAUACAAAAUGGAGAUACUCAAGGUAUGCGAGGUGCUCAGAGCAAAAUUGAAACAAUAAAAAAUUGGAGUAUUUCUACUUAUAAGUGUACCAAACAACGUGUUUAUGAAACGUUUGGAAAGACUUCUCGCACGGUAGAUUCAGAACUAGAAACUCAAAUAGAAUUGUUACGUGAUACGCAAAAAAAGUACUGCAAUUUAUUGAGAUUAUCUCGAGCACUCGCAUCGCACUUUCAUCACGUUGUUCAAACGCAGCAUGCACUGGGUGAAGCAUUUUCCGAGUUGGCUCAGAAAUCACCGGAGUUACAGGAAGAAUUUCUAUACAAUGCGGAAACGCAAAGAAACUUGACCAAAAAUGGAGAAACACUCCUAGGGGCCUUAAACUUCUUCGUUUCGUCUGUGAAUACUCUUUGCAAUAAAACAAUCGAGGACACGCUUAUGACCGUCCGACAAUACGAAACUUCUAGAGUAGAGUACGAUGCAUAUAGAACUGAUUUAGAGGCUUUAGCACAGGCUGCUAAAACCGACGGAAAUAAUAUAGCUAGAUUAGAGGAAGCAACACAAAAUUAUGAAUUACAUAAACAGCACUUUGAGAAACUGAGAUCCGAUGUUUCUAUAAAAUUGAAGUUCUUAGAUGAAAAUAGAAUCAAAGUGAUGCACAAACAACUUCUUCUCUUCCAUAACGCGAUAUCAGCUUACUUUUCUGGAAACCAAACAGCUUUAGAAGCUACACUAAAGCAAUUCAAUAUAAAAGUAAAAUCUCCAAAUUCCUCGUUGCCGUCGUGGCUAGAGCAGUAAUUCACAGUCAUUCGAUCGAAUUUUAUACAUUCCUACAAAAACACCCUUCAACGAAUUUGUGAAUUUAGAUACACAUAUCUGUUGUUAAAAUAAGAGACGAAACGAGGGAUAAAGGUAAAGCAGCUCGACUGGGAUUGGGAGAAUAAACAAAAAAAAUAAUAGAAAUAAUAAAAAAGUUUUAUAGGAAAACUCGCUAUUCUUGCACUCGAGUACAUGAAAAUACCUGUAGCUAGGACUUUAAAAGCAUUAUCUGAUAAUGUACAGUAUUCUCAAAAAAAUUUUAUAUCACAUUUAAUUUAUCUUUCUGAGGGAAACAUUAUGCGUUUCCUAGUAUCUUGUCGAAAAGCAAUGAUAGAAUUAAAGCUGUUUUCUGUUCGCGCACACGAUAACACAAGUAUAUUGCGUGAACUUAUUUUAUUAAUAUACUUUGAGGGAAAAUUAUGGAAAUCUAAAUUUUCAUAAAUUUCAAAUACGCUAUUUUUUACAGAUAAAAAAUCUUAGAAACGAUAGUUUGUAUCCAAAAUAAUACGUAACUCGCAGUAUUCAACAAAAGAAUGAUUGUUUUACGUAAGUUUUACGUUUUUGUAGAAUAGAUCAAACCAAACUUUCUCUCGAUAAAAUCGAGCAUGAUCAGUGUUAUAAAAUAUAUUCAAAACGGAAAAAAAGAUCUAAAACAAUAAUUCAUACGUAGGAAAUUGAAAUAUGACUAGUCAAACAGUUUAUAACGUUCAACAAUUGUUUAAAACUGUAAGUGAAUUAAAUAGCAGAGAUUUUACAUUGCGAUGUAUCUUGGACAGAUUUAUCAAGUAUUAAGGUUUGCUUUUUAAACCUACGUAGAUAUGUGGAAAAAAGGUGUUUAUACUUGAAUAUUGUUUGCAAGACAUAUUAAGUCAAAAAUACGUCCGUUUUAAUACGCAGGACUACUAAUAAGAAUAAUUUAUGUGAAAAAAGUUAUCGCUGUUACUGCAAAGAUUUAUUUAAAAAGCGAUAAAUAUUAUUUAUUAACAUAUUCCACAUGCUUAACUUAUUUUAUUUGUUAACAUCAAAUCAUCGACAAUUUUUUUAAAAAUAAUUUUCGCGAUUAAGUAGUAAGAUUUGAAAUUAUUGAAGAUUUCUUGUAGAGAAAAACUUUUAUAAAAACCUGAAUGUUUAAACUUAUACAUUACUGUACUUUUGAGUGAUAUCGAAUCAAAUGUAUGGUACAUUUUUUAUUAUCAUCCUAUCACUGUGACUAUCAUAUUAAUCUAAAAGUCUAUAAAAUAAAAGUCAUGAGUAUGUUCCUUCGUACAAAUAUAUUUUUAGAGUUUCGCUUUGAUGCCCCGACAUAUUUAAUUUUUAACUUGAGAAAAUCAAGCGGAAAUAUCCAAGUUCGCUUAUUAACACUUCGAUAGAAGCUUACCAACUUUUGUAUUGCGAGGCACUCACAUGUAAACACAUACAAGCGAAACGAGUGACUAAGGAAAAAUUGGACUAAGUGUUUGUGUGUACAGUAUAUUUGUGACAAAAAAAGAAAAUGAAAAUUAUUGUAGAAAUGGAACAGACGUGGAAAAUAAUCAACGUUAGUUUUUCCAACUUUCGACUAUGUACCUAUAUGCCUGUAAUCGAAACUCGUUGACAUUUUUUGAGUAAUUAAAAGAUUAUCGGUUUCUCUACAGAAGUGAAAAAUUUCCUUUGUACCUUAAUGUAUUCUAAACAUUAUAUUGGUUUGUUAUGAUUUUGGAUUGUGAUUUUUUAUACUCGAUGAUUUAUUUAACAUAAUUUUUGACUUAUAUGUAAGUUUUGCCACAUUUGUUUUUAUACGUUUUUUAUAUUAUUUUGUUAAUGUAAUGCGUUUUUUGUGCGUUAAUUUGACAAUUUGGACAAUAGUUGAUGAAUUUUUAAUAGAAAAUUAUGUACAUUUUGAUACUAUCAGUUCAAAAUAAAACAGA